GGGAGGAUGUGAGCGUCGGUACUCACCAGCAGCAGCUUCACCAUCAGAGAGAGAGAGAGAGAGAGAGAGAGAGAGAGAGAGAGAGAGACACUCCGUCUCUUUGUUCACGCGGAAAUGGCGUCAAAAUGUCCAAAAUGCGACAAGACGGUGUAUUUCGCGGAGAAGGUGUCGUCUUUGGGGAAGGACUGGCACAAGUUCUGUCUGAAAUGUGAGCGCUGCAACAAGACGUUGAAUCCAGGAGGCCACGCCGAGCACGACGGGACGCCUUAUUGCCACAAGCCGUGCUACGCCGCCCUCUUUGGACCAAAAGGCGUGAACAUCGGCGGAGCCGGCUCCUACGUGUACGACGCGCCCGUCAACGAGGCCCCCGCCGCCGUUUCCACGGAAACGGAUGGCAAGCCGGAGGGGGAGAAAAAAGUCCCCGCGCGAGGACCGGUGAAGGCUGCAAGCUUCUCCUCUUUCUCCGGAGGACCCAACAUCUGCCCCAGAUGCAACAAGACGGUGUAUUUCGCUGAGAAGGUGUCGUCUCUGGGGAAGAACUGGCACCGGCCCUGUCUGCGCUGCGAGCGGUGCAGUAAGACCCUGUCUGCCGGCAGCCACGCAGAGCACGACGGACAGCCGUACUGCCACAAACCGUGCUACGCCGUGCUGUUCGGGCCCAAAGGUGUCAACACCGGCGGCGUCGGCAGCUACAUCUACGACGAACCCGCCGAAGCAGAGGCCCAGCCCUGAGGCCGACGCCCCCUCCGACGCCUCCAGGACCCUCGUGUCUCUUUGCCUUCUACGGUCGCGGCCACAGGGACGGAUACUUAGAUGUUCUGUUGUAUUUGUUAUAUUGUUUAUAUAACUUUUUUUUUUUGUACAGACACAAACUUUCAACAUGUCCUCCCGUGUGUUUUUUUUCUUCAAAUUUGCCAUUUGUUUCUUUGCCAAAAUAAUUCUGGAUAAAAGCCGGCUUGUCACUCGUGA